AACCUUGCACCAUUUAAAGAUUUGACAUAUGCUCCAAAGUAUUGUGUACAACUGAAGAAGAAAGCAGAGUCAAAAGAAGUAAAUAAAGCUAAAUGUAAAUUCAUUCCUGAGCACGUUUUCUUUGCUGACUUUGAGUGUAGUACGGAUGGCUUUCAUAAAGCUUUUAACAUCUGUUAUGACAGUGAAGAUGGUUCAGUGAGUGAAAGCAUUUGGGGUCAAAACUGUGCAACAGAAUUUUUGGAAAGACUCCCUGACAAGAGUUUAAUAUAUUUUCACAACCUCAGUUAUGACAUAAACUUCAUCUUAAGACACAUGACAGAAGUGAAAGGAACUCCCAUCAUUAAAGGUUCACGAACAAUGCAAAUAACUGGUUUAUAUAAAGGACGGGCAAUUAUUAUAAAAGACUCUUACAGUGUUAUAAAUAAGAAGCUUAAACUAUUUCCUGCUAUGUUUAACUUACAAACAGGACCGAAAGAAGUAUUUCCAUAUAACUACUACAGCAGUGUUUUGUUAGCAAAUGACAACAGAACUGGUGUCAUUUCUGAAGCAUGUAAGUUUAUCCAUGAUGCAGAUACAUUUAUGAAAAACAUAGAUUCCAUCAAAGGUUGCAGAAUAGAUGAGAACCACUUCGACUUAGAAAAAUAUAGCACGUUUUACUGCAAACAAGAUGUAAGAAUUUUAAGAGAAGGUUUUGUAAAGUUCCGCAAUGACUUAUUGAAAGAGUUUGAUUUAAACGUUUAUGACUACGUUAGUAUUUGUUCUAUUGCUAACAAAUUGUUUGAGAACAGAGUAUACUUCCCGAAUGGAAAUCUUUAUGACCUCUCAAAUAAACCAAGAGAAUUUAUUUCGAGAUGCAUUCAAGGUGGAAGAUGUAUGUUGUCAGAUAACAUGAAACAAAAGAGCAAAAAGAAACUCAUUGCUGACUUCGACACUGUUUCAUUAUAUCCUUCAGCUAUAGCAAGACUUUAUACUUUAG